GUACUGUCACCAAUGUCAGACACAAAAACACGUUUAUUUUGUUGUGGAAAAUCGUUCUCUCGCGAUUUGUGAGGCUGUUGAACUGAUCCAUCGCCGACCUUACCAUUGCUUUGUAUGAUAAAAACUUACUGUCACGGCUACUGAAAUGACCGAUAAUCAGAAACAAAAGAAAUUUAACAAAAAUAACACACUUGCUGCAGACGGUAACAGUAUGGAAUUGGGGUCAUCAUCGAUGAACAACAGCGCCGACAGCAGCAGAGAUAACAUCCGCAACCUGUGCGAGCAAGGACAAAACGCUAUCGUGGCCGGCAUGAAAGUGGCGAACGCGAUGCCGUCGGGACGGUCGCGCGACCUCUACGCAGCUCAUCCAGAGUUCAUCAAAAUCAUGGACACGCGGGCGAAUCAGGUGUUGCAUAUAAUAUCGAACAUUUUGCAGCUGCAGGGAGUACAGGGCAAUAUUCUGCAACGUGACCCGGACGAGCGGUUGGAAAUGAUUCACGAUUUUAACGACAACAUCCUGGAGCGAAUACACUCAAACUUGGAUGAAAUGGCAGGUAUCCGCAAGGCAGCUCCAACGGUGCUGGUGCAAUCGGAGGUACAGGUUCCGGUGGCACCGCGCUAUCGUCUGAGCGGCGCAUGGAAUGAAAACCAAAAGCGCGAACCAGUCAAAGCGACCCUCAUAACUGGUAAAAAUAUUGCUCGACCGCAGGCCAAAUUUAAAGUACCGGUCGAUAAUUCGCGCAUCAAUCCGUUCGUACCGAAGAUACGUGAUAAACCGAACUCAUUGAAACCGUUAGCUGUGUUACCAGAGUAUGACGACUUCGGAAACAUCGUAAGCUAUCUGCAUCCGUACGAGUUUGAGCUGGAUCGCUUUCAACCUGCAAAGAGUGUAUUUCAACAUGUGACACCGCAAGAACCACCACUGCUGGAAGAAACACCACUAAUGUUCGUCGAGAAAGAGUCGCAGCUAGUGGAUUUGAUGCGUGAUUUAAAAUCAGUGAAUGAAAUUGCGAUCGAUUUAGAACAUCAUUCGUACCGUAGCUAUCAGGGUUUUACCUGUCUGAUGCAGUUAUCUACCCGUAGCAAGGACUACAUUGUGGACGCAUUAGCUUUACGCGAUGAGCUUUCGGUGCUGAAUGAAGUGUUUACCGAUCCGAAGAAGCUGAAAGUGUUGCACGGUUCGAUUAGUGAUAUCGAAUGGUUGCAACGGGAUCUAGGGCUUUAUCUGGUAAACAUGUUCGACACUGGCGAAGCGGCGCGAAUUUUGCAAUUCUCCCGCGUUGGAUUGCAGUUUCUUUUGAAGCAUUACUGCAACAUAGAUACGGAUAAGACGUUCCAGCUGGCGGAUUGGCGCAUCCGUCCCAUUCCGGAAAACUUUAUCGAGUACGCACGGAAGGAUACCCAUUAUCUGCUGUACAUUUAUGAUCACAUGAAGAACGAAUUGCUCAACAAGGGUGAAGGUCUACUGCAGACCGUGUUCGAUAAAUCGACAUUUAUCUGCAAGCAACGUUAUCAGAAACCGACCAUGAACGAGGACACGGUGAUGAAUAUCUAUCGUCGUUCGCGAUACGUUUUCGAUCAUCGACAAAUGUACGCAUUCCGGGAAAUUCUGUACUGGCGCGAUCAGAUGGCACGCAUGGAAGAUGAAUCACCGGGAUACGUACUGCCGCAGCAUAUGGCGCUUGAUAUUGCUUCGAAAUUGCCGCGUGAGAUGCAAGGAAUCAUAGCAUGCUGUACACCGGUGCCGUCACUCGUUCGGCAGCAUCUGCACACGGUUCAUCAGAUCAUCUUCAAGGCACGCGAGUUACCAGCGGUGGCGGGUGAUCAACCUCAUGCCAAGGAGCAGCAUGAGGACACACGAUACAAAAUACAAUCUGCGUUUGAUUUUGACAAUCCCCUAGUGUGUCCUCAUGACAAUACGGGCCAAACAGAUGCCACCAGUUAUACCAAUCAUCCCACAUUGCUGGGUGAUUUAACCAACACGAUGAAUGCGAUAACGCUAAUGCCACCGGGAAAUUUAACUUUAUGGAAGGAUGUUCCUGAUAUGAGUAUCUUAGCAGCACCGAAGAUUCGAACGAUAGACAGCCGCGGCCAAAUUGGAUUGAAUGAAAAUGAUGUCAGUAAGGAAACAUUUGCAAAGUUACUAUCGCUGCAUACCAACAUUCCGCAAGAACAAGCGGGGAACAUAAAUAAAGGUAGCCGGUAUGAACAGAAUAAAUUCAAUACACCCUUUGAACGGUAUCUGGAGACGAGCCGCUUGCGUCAGUUAAAAGAAAGGAGCGAUAAUGAUCUUCAGAAGCAGCAACAAGCUACUGUAAAUAAGAAGUCCGAUAUAUCGAACCAACUUGCAACUGUUAGUUCCUCUGAUGUCGCAACUCAACUAGCGCCCGCACCAGCGACCGUAGUAGUAGUUAAGGAAGAAAGCAAAAAGCCACAAACUCCAAAACGUUUAAUGACUCAAAAUCAACUGAAACGAUUGGAAGAAGCAAAGACACGUAAAGCCGUUGCAGCUGGCGAAAAACUGUGCUUCAAUGGAACGGAUCAGGGUCCGAUUAUCAGUCCAUCGCAAGGUAAAAGGAAAUCAUACCCGAUGGAGAUUAAUGUAAGCGGCAGUGGAGAUACUAUCGGAGCAGAAGGUGCGCCAGCAAGUAGAAGCGAUACAUUGGACGAUCAAGCAGCGAAGAAAGAAAAACUCCACAUGGUACCGUUUAAGGAUGAAUCGAAACCGGACAGCCACAAUGACAGUAAAAAUUGGAACGAAAAGAGGGCAACAAGUAAAAAAGCUAAGCAACGGCAACGUAAUCUAAUGAAAUCGUCCAUCGGGCAGGACUCACGCCAAUCGUCCAACAAACCAAUCGUACCGUUCGAUUAUAGCAAUGUAGACUUUAGCAGAUUUCAGGGUGGCUCUAAACCGCCCGCUGCUCCACGCAAAGGCAAGCGUGGAGGGUUUGCUGGUGGUUUUACUCUAGCGAAUGAUGCUGGUGAAGGUAGCAACCUAAAGAAGCUAAAUCCGAACAGUCGGAUAGCGAAAAACAUUAAGAAAACACACAAAUCCUUCAACCUCAGCAGUAGCAAUAUGAAGCGAAAGUAAACAUUUGGUAGUUGAUACAUAAUUUCUUUGCUGGUUUCUUAUUGGCAAACACAUGCAAUUACAAAACGAUGUAAUUUGAAGUAGGAUUUAUGAAAAUAAACAAAUAAAAAAAAACCUUUAAUUCAUUCA